CCUGGAAAAUGAGCCAAAGCUGAGUCAGGUGACCUUGCAAAGUGAGUUGGAGGCAAAUGUUUUUCUCCUAGAGUCCAGCUGCCCUGAUUGGCUGGCAGUGGGGGUGGAGCAGCCAGAGGACAAGGAAGACUGCCAUGGCUGCAGCUGCACGCGCGAGGGUCACACACUUGCUGAAGCACCUGCAAAGCGCAGCAUGCCAGUGUCCAACACAUUCUCAUACUUACUCCCAAGCUCCCGGACCCUCACCUUCAGGAAAAACAACAGAUUACGCCUUCGAGAUGGCUGUUUCAAAUAUCAGAUAUGGAGCAGGGGUUACAAAGGAAGUGGGCAUGGAUCUACAGAAUAUGGGAGCUAAGAAUGUUUGCUUGAUGACAGACAAGAACCUCUCCCAGCUCCCUCCUGUACAAAUAGUAAUGGAUUCCCUGUCAAAGAAUGGCGUCAGCUUUCAGGUUUAUGAUGACGUGAGGGUGGAACCUACAGAUGGAAGCUUCAUGGACGCAAUUGAAUUUGCCAAAAAGGGAGCCUUUGAUGCCUAUGUUGCUGUGGGUGGGGGCUCCACCAUGGACACCUGUAAAGCUGCUAAUCUGUAUGCAUCCAGCCCUCACUCUGAGUUCCUUGACUAUGUGAAUGCCCCCAUUGGGAAGGGGAAGCCGGUGACUGUGCCUCUUAAACCUCUGAUCGCAGUUCCAACUACCUCAGGAACCGGCAGUGAGACUACCGGGGUUGCCAUUUUUGACUAUGAACAUUUGAAAGUAAAAACUGGCAUUGCUUCACGAGCCAUCAAACCCACCCUGGGACUAGUUGACCCCCUACACACUCUCCACAUGCCUUGCCAGGUGGUCGCCAACAGUGGCUUCGACGUCCUUUGCCAUGCUCUGGAAUCCUACACCGCCCUUCCCUACAGCAUGCGGAGCCCCUGCCCUUCCAACCCCAUCCAACGGCCAGCCUACCAGGGCAGCAACCCAAUCAGCGACAUCUGGGCAGUCCACGCACUGCGGAUUGUUGCUAAGUAUCUGAAGAGGGCUGUCAAUUAUCCUGAUGAUCUGGAAGCAAGGUCUAGUAUGCACCUGGCAAGUGCUUUUGCUGGCAUUGGCUUUGGAAAUGCUGGUGUUCAUCUGUGCCAUGGCAUGUCUUACCCAAUUUCAGGUUUAGUGAAGACAUAUAAGGCCAAGGAAUACAAUGUGGAUCACCCUUUGGUGCCCCAUGGCCUUUCUGUGGUGCUCACAUCUCCAGCAGUGUUCACCUUCACAGCCCAGAUGUUUCCGGAGCGGCACCUGGAGACAGCAGAAAUACUAGGAGCUGAUAUCCGCACUGCCAGGAUCCAAGAUGCUGGGCCUGUGUUGGCAGAUACCCUCCGAAAAUUCCUAUUUGACCUAAAUGUUGAUGAUGGUCUCUCGGCCCUUGGCUACUCCAAGGAUGACAUCCCUUCACUGGUGAAAGGAACACUGCCCCAGGAAAGGGUAACGAAGCUUGCACCCCGUGCUCAUUCCGAAGAGGAUUUGUCUGCUUUGUUUGAGGCAUCGAUGAAACUGUACUAAUUACCAUUUAUUGGGAAGAAUCACCAUUGGCCCUGGCAACAGGUUACAGAGAGAAGACGUUGAUCAGGCUCCACCUUUGUCUUUUUAUCUCCACACUUAAUUUAAAUGUGAUAUGAUUCUAUCCUUUGGGAGAGUCCUUGCCGUUCAAUCUGUAAAACCAAUGGGCCACACCCCAGGGGUCAGUGUUCCUGCACCAAACCCCACUCCACAUUCUGCCUCUCAGUCCAUGUGCCAAAUGGACCAAACCUUCCACCAAAUGCAUAAAUAUGUGUAGCCUAUGUCUAGACACUGCAGGGUCUAGAGAUUUAUCCUAAAGAAAUACUAGCAUUAGUGUGCAAAGAAAUAUGACAAGGAUGUCUGACAGCACUAUUUGGGUAAUAAAAAUUAAAACGAUCUAAAUAUUCAUGUAUACAUUCUAAUAUAGUACAUGGUAGGUUAAUAAAGAUGAAGUAAAUCUCUUGGAAAUAUGCCUGUUUCAUAAAGAGUGUUGGCAGAAAACAGGUGGCAGAAAAAUUAUAUAA